GCGGCGGGGCCGCGCCUGUCAGCAGGGCGGCGGGAUGGCGGCGCUGUACGCCUGCACCAAGUGCCACCAGCGCUUCCCCUUCGAGGCGCUCAGCCAGGGACAGCAGCUCUGCAAGGAGUGCCGGAUUGCUCACCCCAUUGUUAAAUGCACUUACUGCAGGACUGAAUUCCAGCAGGAAAGCAAAACCAACACAAUAUGCAAGAAGUGUGCUCAGAACGUGAAGCUCUACGGCACACCAAAGCCCUGCCAGUACUGCAACAUCAUAGCAGCAUUUAUUGGAAACAAGUGCCAGCGUUGCACCAACUCGGAGAAGAAGUAUGGCCCCCCUCACUCGUGUGAGCAGUGCAAGCAGCAGUGUGCCUUCGACAGGAAGGACGACAGGAAGAAGGUGGAUGGGAAGCUGCUGUGCUGGUUGUGCACGUUGUCCUACAAACGGGUCCUGCAGAAGACCAAAGAGCAGUGCAAGCACCUGAGCAGCUCUUCCCGGGCCAGCCUGCAGGAGAAGGAGCAGUUCAGCAGGCUCAGCAGUGGCAGCCACUACAACAGCCAGAAAACCUUAUCCACCUCUUCCAUUCAGAACGAAAUCCCAAAGAAGAAAGCCAAGUUUGACGCCAUAUCUGCCAAUGGUGACAGCGUUCCUUCCUCUCCCGAGAUGCUUUGCCCCCUUAUCCAGAGGGCCCCGUCCACGUUGGCGCAGUGGGCUGCUUCCCAACAGGCUCUCGGGGCCCACCAUUGUCCUGUUGCUCAAGGCACUGACAUCCUGAACUUUUCUCCAGACCUCGCCCUGGACUCCCCUGGCACCGACCACUUUGUCAUCAUUGCCCAGCUGAAGGAGGAAGUGGCUACUUUAAAAAAGAUGCUGCACCAGAAGGAUCAGAUGAUUCUGGAGAAGGAGAAGAAGAUCACGGAGCUGAAAGCCGACCUGCAGUACCAGGAAUCACAGAUGAGGGCAAAGAUGAACCAGAUGGAGAAGACACACAAGGAGGUCAUGGAGCAGUUACAGCCUGCAGAACCUUUUGUGAGCUCCCUGCACCUCUAAAUCGCCUCCUUGUGAUUGGUGUGACCAGUAAGGAGGGAGAACAAAGGAACGAUUGGCAGUUCCUUUAGCCCUGUAUCUCUCUAGUCCAAAUAAAGAAGUCCCUGAGCUGGAGGGAAGAGGGAGAGCAGGAUUUUUGCCAGGGCUGUGGAGACAACAGCGAUUAUCAGCGUGAAUAGCCCGAGCCAUCGAAGGGAUCAGGUCAAAGGGGGAGAAAUCAGACAGAGAAAUGAACUUUGCACCCUUUAAUUACUCUGGGUAUAUAAAGAUCUAAAGCCCCAGCGAUGAGAGGUGGGAGGGGAUGAGACAAAAGGCUUCUGUUGCCUCUGAGGAAAGAGCCCCUCCUCCAUCCAACAUUCCCGGGGAAGUAUCCCAGUGCAGGGCAGGUUUUGGAGCCUCCAGCUGCUGUCAGAGUGCUGGUGGCUGUGAUAUCCCCUUGACCAUGCUCAUCCUUCUGCCUGGCUGAAGGCUGGAAUAUCUGUGUGUGGUGUGGAGAGGGCUGGCUGUGCCUCCUGCUCCCUGUGAGGGAGGAGAAGGAAGCAUCAGCUCCAGGAGCAGUUGUGUCCCAGCCACCUGCCUCUCCUGGGGAUUUCCAUGUUGGGCCCAGCUCUGGCUGGGACUGCCCUGAUCUCUGGUGUCCAAGUGUUUUCUGCUGGUAUUGGCUGGUGCUCUGGAAGUUUCACUGAUUCCAGAAUAAAACUCAAAUCCUCUCAGA